AUGUCGGGCAAAAAACUUCCUCAACUACCUGGCUUCAAGGCCUUCAACGCCAACAUCCUCGUCAGCGAGGACAUUGUCGAAAAAACACCCGACAACCAUCCAGCAGCUAUUCUCAUCUACGGCUGGGGCGACGGUCAAGCUCGCCAUGUCGGAAAAUACGCAGAAGGCUACCGCGCUCUCUUCCCCCACUCCAAGCAAAUCAUCAUCUUGAGCCCUAUUUCAGAUGCCAUGUUCACAGGUCUCGAGACACGAAUGCGCGGCAUGCAAGUUGUCAUCGAUAACCUAAACGGUCUUCUUGAUGAAAAGACUGCGCCUAUUCUUGUGCACAGCAUGUCCAACACUGGUGCUAUUAGCUAUGCUACCACGCUCAAGGCUUUUGCGGAUAAGGAGGGUCGAACUAUGCCCCAUCAGUUGCUCGUUUUGGAUUCUACGCCUGGAAACCCCUUUUGGUCGUGGGAGAGAUUGGGCAAGUGGUCUCAUGCCAUGGCUAUCGGCACCGCAAAGUUCUUUCCCUGGCCUUUUGUCGUUACCAAGGGUAUUUGGGGCUUUGUUUUGACACUGGAUGUCAUUUUCAAAAAGUUGAUCGGCAGUGAGCCUUCCGGUGCUUUUGCCCUCCGAACAGUCGACGACACAACCUACGAGACUCUGGACUCUAAGCGUCUGUAUUUGUACAGCAAGGAGGAUGAGAUUAUUUCCCAUUUGGAUAUCGAGGGAUACAUUGCUGAGUCGCAGCAGAGAGGUUAUGAGACCAGACAGGAGCUUUUCGACGGGACGAACCAUGUUGGACAUAUGCGUGAGCAUCCUGAGAAGUACUGGAAGGCUAUUCAGGAGGCUUGGGAGUGGAGUAACGAUAACUAA